CGAACGCCUGAGACCAGAUACCUAUACAAGCAAAUAUUAUACAUUUUCGCACAAUUCAUGCUCGUGUGGUACGUUCCAAUAACGCCGGCGUCCUAGCUUGGCCUUAAGUGCAAAAAGCGUGAAGUUAACGCGACAGAAGCGGACUCCUUAUUACGCGCACAGCUGUUUCCCCAUAAACACAUUUUUCACAUACUGGAAUUCUUACUAUAUAUAAUAUAAACACUUCACCUGCAAUUGUUACAAACAUACACACAGUGCUAAGUACAAGAUAUUGUAAUGAUCGGAUUACUCAUUGCAUUGUGUUUACCGGUAGUAGGAAAAACGGACACUUGGAAUCCAGUUGUGUCAUAUAUUGUGUUGACACGAAACAGUCAGCUCUCAGACUUCGACGGAGCACCGCGUCGUGUCCCCAACGAGCAAUUGCAACUUUCACCGCCGCAGCCGUUUCAUAAUUCUGCACCUAUCACCAAUCACCGACCGGAAUAUCAAAGCGCCGAAGACGACGGACCUGAUCACCCGGCACACCUGGCCGUGAUAGAACACCAAACGAAAGGACAACUUUUUUUAUCCCGUGUUGUAACUGAAAAAAUGAGUCAACCGUUAUACACUAAUACUAAUAAACCGGUAGUUAAUAAAGAAGAACAAAAUAACAGCAAAGUGGAUGACCAAAUACACUUUCCAGAGGAUAAACCCGUGAACCCGGAUCGUACACAAACUUCUAGUGAGGGUACAGUCCCAUACUUUACUGAACGAGAGAGCGGAAGUACGACGCUGAAGCCCAUAGAUAUCAUCUUAAGCUCCGGUCCGAACGCUACGGAAAUAUCCGUGGAUGAUCGAGCCUCCUUCGACGGUGACCCUUGUCCGGCAGGCCAAAUCAAAGUUAACGGCAAAUGUGUGGAUAAGGAUUAAAUUCGUCAGUGGAUGCUAAAAAUAUUUGUGGACAAUUACCAGUGGCAAGGUCUGUGUGUUAUUACGUGUAAUUAUAAAUUGUACCUACCUUUUUACGUACAUUUGUGUUGUGUGCAUUGAUGUGGUUCGCCGUGACUAAAUUAUAAUGACUUCCUUACAUAGCUUUUUUUAUGUAUAGAAGUAAAAUAAACGUUUAAUUUAUUUUA